UUACUCUAUGUCUAAACCUAACCUCAAAUAGUCAAAUCUCUUUUUCUUCUAUUAUUAUUUGUUUUUAGUGUUGAUAUUACCGAAGCAAGUAUCACAAAAUAAUCAUAAAGAAUGACCUGAGUUAAAAGAAAACACCAGCAGGAUCUUCAUAGCUAAAAUGUCUUGAAUCCGUAAACAUUACAUGCAAAUGGCUAUAACUGGCCAAUCGAUAUUCUAACUUUUAAAAAUAAAUUACGUCGCCAUAGCAACAGACAAUAUGAAAAGGAAAGCCUGUUUGAUCGAAGAGUACAACGGCGAUAUCCUUUUGGAAAGCGUACAAAAGAAAGCGAGAGCCAUAAGUAUAAACGACCCAAUACCUCCGGGUGAAAAAAUGUACAGAAACACUAUUUGGUACAAGUUGUUGAUGAAUGCUGAAAAGUCUUGCUUGAAGGAUGAUAAGAUUAAGAAGAUUCACUACAAGCUGGAGGAUGGUCGGGAGAUGGUGGAAGAGUAUAAUAUAGACACUCAGGUGCUGCUCCGGAGGGCGUGGAAGGUGCGGGCCCAGCUCGGUGGCGAGGGGAAGUGGGACGUGGAGAUAGGUGAUCCGAUACAAGACGGCACACCACAUGUAGAGACUGCUGAGAUCAUGGAGAGCAAAGACCAGCCCGUCUUAAGUCGCCGGAACACUAGAGUAAACUUAGAGUGGAGAAUCAGAAACUUACCAUAUCCCAUUGAGGUUUACUCCAUUGCGGCUAAUAAUGAAGACAAAUGUAUAGUUAUAAGAACUACCAAUAGGAAAUAUUAUAAGAAGCUACAAGUACCAGAGUUGGAAAGGCUUAAUAUACCAAUAGAGCAAGCCAAUAUUUCUUCGAUCCAUAAGUUCAACACCCUAAUUGUAACGUAUAAGAAGCCCCAGCAACUACUAGACAUGGAGAAGGAAUGGUUCCAAGAAGUAUCAAAAGUGAAUUCUAUCAAAGACGUGCCCAACGACUGCAAAGCACAGUGAACCGAGUGUAUGACACCAUGAAACAAUUAUUAUAUUUAUAAUGGAAAGAAAUAUUACACAAUAAAUGUAUGUUUAUGUUUACUUUA